AUGAAAAUAGCCUGCAGCGUUUUCGUAACAAAUAGAUUAUACUCGACCGUAUCCCUCAACAAACAGAGAAGAUACCAAAAGUCAACUUUAGCACUAUGUAAACACCCAAACAACAACGAGUACUGCAUGAUACUGUUCAGCGGGCAAGACAAAACGGGGACGAAAUAUAAACUCCAGAACAACAUUAAGCAGGUCUUAACGAAAUUCGUCAAUGAGGGGAAGUGCACCUUCCAAUUCAAACAGCCGGAACAUGACAUCUAUGUUACGGGAGAUGUUGUCCAGCUAAAAGGCUUUUUACAUCUAUUCAGACGAAUUUUAGAGAAUAAGAUAUCUGACAAAGAGCUGAGCGUGUCAAGCAUGAGUGUGAUGCCUAUAAAGGAAACAGCCCAGACGAAACUUACGAUUACGAAACGCUCCGAUUACCCAUUAAAAGGAUUCCCGAGAACUUUGGAGGAGCUGCACAUUAACGACAUUCAUCGCACAGCAGUAGAUAGAGGUAUUCUGCAGCUGUCCAGAUUGAACGUUUUGGAUUUGUCACAUAACGACAUCGAAUCAAUUCCUGACGAAUUAGGAAAUCUACCUUGUUUGAAAGAACUGUACUUAUCACACAACUCAUUAGGAAAAAAUCCGAAACAGUGGAGUUGGAUACAAAAAAAUAUCGUUAACUCGCUGUUACUGUUAGAUAUAUCACACAAUGAACUGAAGUUUGCCUCUUGCGGUAUCUGUAAACUUAAUAAGCUUGUCACAUUGAAAUUAGAUUACAAUAACCUCACCCAUUUGCCAGAUGGUAUAGGCAAUAUGAGGAAAUUAAAAUUGUUAUCUGCUUCACACAAUAAUCUCACUAUAUUACCUGGCAGUAUAAAACUUUUAAAUCUAGAUAUGCUGGAUAUGUCAAAUAAUAAUUUCGAACCUCAGGCAAACGGCCAGGUUUUGAGUAUGUCAUCGAUGUUGCCAGUACGAAGUUUAAAAGAAUAUGCCUCGAGGAAAGUACUAGGUGCCAGGAUACCAUAUUAUCCAGGCAUCUUACCUUUAUCUUUGAUAAACCAUUUAGAUAAUGCUAAAUUUUGCGUGUGUGGCAAAGCGUGUUUUGAAAUAUUCUUUCGAAGGCCUCAGUUUAUUUUUCUAACAAAUAUUACGGUUAGUCUAAAUAGGUCAGAUAAUGACUCUACUUACGUUCCUAUAGACUGUUACUUCUGCUCAUUGAAAUGCUAUAGAAAUUGCUCCAUGACUCGCUGUCGGAAUCCGAUAGUCAGGUAGGACGCAGUGGACUUGUAUAAUGAUACUUAAUUUUCACAGAAUUAUUUUUUGUGUAAUAUCAAAUAUUGUCUGUUCCAUACAUGAGAUCUAUUGAAACAAGACUGUUGCAGUGGUCGAUUCAGGUAAUAGAUGGACCUUUGACGAACAAAAGCAGCAUGUUUAGUUUCUCCAAUGGCAAGUAGAUCGCAUCUAUUGUACAGCCAGUAUCGUCCGCUUCUAGCGGUCGCAGUCGUGUCUGAUCUAUGAAAUGCGGACUGAGAUAUUUACCUUGUAAGAAAAAAAUGUAUUUAUGCAGAACCAUUGUGAAGAGUACAAAUGUAGAUGCAAAACUUUGUGAUAGGUUAUUGGUUGAAUUGAGGAAGCUAGAUUUUCUAUUGUAGGUUUGCAAAAUGUUGUUGUCCAAAAAUUAUUAGAAUAUCAUGUGAUACUCAGUUGUACUUUGUCCAAAGUAAUAAAUUAAAGUUCUUUGUAAGGAUAUUUACUUUAGGCGAAGCAUAUGCGAGAGUAAUUCCAAGAGCGAGGGAUUUCUAUCAUUAUUAUAUAUAUAUUAAAAGAUUGGUAUAUUUUUCUACAUAUCCAUCAUUCUAGUCAAAGAACUUUUGUAGUUGCUGUGGCAAUUUUUACAUGUCUAAAAGAUGAGUGAUUCCUCAAGGAUGUUACGUGGAGCUAGUGCUUUUGAAAAAAUACUAGGUCUCACUUUUGGGGUUACUUUCGUAGGUAUUAAACUUUAAUUUUCUAAUGACUAAUGUAUUAAAAUAAUGUAGUCAGCCAUUAUAUUGUUGCUUGAUGCAUGGAGAUACAUUUAACGUCAGUAUUUACUAUCUGAAAAUUUUUCCUGUUUGAUAAUGCACGUUUCGAUCUAUCACUAUUUUAAUCCAAGUAUA